UGUCCCUGUCCAUGGCAGGGGGUGGAACUGGGUGAUCUUUAAGGGACAGAACCCUUAACACUCUGUGAUUCCAUGACCCUUCAGAGGUGUUACAGGUCACUGAACCAGCUCUUGGCUGAUCUGCUGUUAAAGAACUCUUUCACCUGGGAAGCUGAGAAAUUCCACAUCUGUACUAAAUCUUGCUUUCUGAAGAAGGGGCUGCACCAGGAACAAGCACUUCUGCACAGCUACAUGAGAGAAGCAACUAAGCAACAGCAAAAGUUUGGAGUGAUCAACCACCAGCCAAGAUUCCUGCUGGGCAAGGAAUCAUGUAAAUGCCAAAGCAAAAGGAGAGCUCGAAGGACUGACGUGCUAGAGAAUUUUUCACCAACGCAUUGUUGUCAGUGCAACAGAAGUUACUACAAACUUAGACUUUAAAAAACUGUCUAUUAUGGUGCUUCACCCAUCACUUAAUACUGAGCACUUUAGAAACAACAUGAUCAUUGAUAAAAAGCAAACACAAUUCUGGUAUCCAUUAACCUGUUUUGCAAACAGACACUCCAGCAUUUGACUGAAAACAAUAUACCACGAUCCCUCCUACCCAGCCAUAGGUCCCACUCAGCAUACACACCUUUGACAUCAGGCUUGAACACACCAGGAGCAGCUACACCCACAGGCCUCUGAUGCUGGAUGUGAUCUAACUCACAACAGGUUACAGCACAAUUAAAUCCACACGAGGCAGCAGGUUGAUGUGACCAUAAAACCGAGGGAUCCCACUUUAAACACUCCAGUUUUUCCGCAGAUGAAGGACUGCACAGAGUUAUACUGGAAACAGAGGCGUAUGUCAAUAAGCAAAUUGACCUUUGAAAUUUUUAAAUAGAAUCAGAACAUCUUUUAAUUUUGUUGACUUAUUCCCUUUAUAAACACAUAAUGCAUUUUUAUGGCUUGUUCUGACGCCUAUCUUGCACACUGCAUGUUCAAGUCCUGAUUCACUUCCUUGGGUUACAGUACAACCAGAAGCAGAAUUUCUAAAGUAUUUUGGCAAAGCUUUGUUUUUGUAGUAUUUUUGAUAUAACCAAAACCAGCAAGUUCUAGAAAUGCUUUAGAAAAGUAUAUUCACAUUGCUUGAUUGUAGCAUUUUUGGUUAAAAUGUCAGAACUGCCAGACCACACCUAGAAUAAAAAGCAAUGGGCUAAACUAAAGAGAAGGAAGUUUUAGGGGGAGGUGUUAAGGAGUCUUCCUAACAGUAAAUUAGGCUCUUGUGUACCUAAUGUAGGAUUACCACAGAUGGUUAAAAAACAGGCUGGACGAAUACAUCACAGAUAGAUAGAAAUAUAUGAGAAGCAGGAGGUUUGUCUGGGGAUGACAGAGGCCCCUCCACCCCAUCCCUAGUUUCUGCAAAUACAGUAGCAUGACAACCAACAAUAUUUCCAGACAAUUAGUUCUAAACAGCAGUUUCAUCAGUAUUGCUCAUCCCAACAAUCCUACUACUGCUUUUCAAAAAUCAUUCUCUCAAAAAAACACAGAUUGAGAUAUUAGGGCUUAAGUGGACCCAGGUACUAAUUCAAGAGUUUAUACAGCAACUUACCACAUCCUAAGAAAAACAGUUCCUUUCCUAUCCCAUAAAUGUCCACUCUAAAUAUUUAGUAGGGAAACACUGAAUUGAAUACUAGCAUUUGUAAAUAAGUGACUGCAAAAUAUAUGAACUUUUACUGGAAAAACAAUAAUAAAAAUAAUGCCCCUUUUCACCAUGUGCUAAUGCAAUGUGCCAUGCUUUGCUUUUCAGGAAUAUUUUUGUAUCUGUGGAGUAUAAGCUAAAAUAUCAAUUUAUAGUGAAAAUCUCAUUAUCUUAAUUGCAAUAAGGCCAAUGAUACACUUAAUAGGGUGUGCAUGCUCUUUCCAAGCAGGUUAAUGUACAGUCAUAUCAGUUCAGAAAGCAAUAUGCCAUCUGCAGAUAUUUAUAUAUGAAAUCCAACAUAGGGAAAACAUUUGUACUACAGAACAGAUUAAAUAAUUGAGAAUGAAAUUGCAAGAUAAGGUGUUUGACAAGGUGGAGGGAAACUGCACAGUGGAGGAAAAUCCAUCCCCAUGACUACUGGUCCUUCCUCCUCCCUGCUCACUGCUGUUCGCCUCUUCUUGGAUUCCAGAGCUUGUUUUAUUCCUCAGCAGCCCUCCUGCAGCCUGGUGGAUUCAGCACACUUGGAAAUUGUGGAUCUGUGGUUUGUUUCAGGAAGAGAAGAAGGGAGAGUUUAAGUAUUGCUUUAGCAGCAGAUGGCUUUGCUCCGGAUUCUGUUGUACACAAAGAAGAUGUUUUUGCUGGCUCUGUAAGCACAAAAAGGGAAGAGGAAAAUUGUUAAAGGCAGUGUGGAUAUGACUUGAAUUUUUCAGCAGGCUCUCAACACUAUUACUAGGGGUGAAGAAUUAUCUCCUUCCAGCUAGUUUUCCAAUAACUUCAAAAAGGAAUUAAGGUUGAAAUAACCUCUUUCUGGCCAGAAAGCUGGUUGGGAGAUGCCUCACGAUGGAUAAAGCCAUUCAGCACCCCAGUGAGAUCCUGUCCAAUCAAACUGUCUCUAACUUUAGCUUUUCUCAGUUUUUGAACUUUGACACAUGCCAGCUUUCCUUCCUUGCAGAGUUCUUGCUUAUCACAGCUUACACCUUAGUUUUACUGGUGGGGCUUUUUGGAAAUCUUUGCUUGAUUAUUAUAAUAAAGAGACGGAAAGAAGCUCAAAAUGUUACCAACAUUUUGAUUGCCAACCUCUCUAUAUCAGAUGUCUUGAUCUGUAUCAUGUGUAUUCCUGUCACAGUUGCAUACACCUUAAUGGACCACUGGAUAUUUGGGGAAGCAAUGUGUAAAAUGGGUUCUUUCGUACAAAGUUUAUCUGUCUCAGUCUCCAUUUUCUCACUUGUACUCAUUGCUGUUGAGAGGUACCAGUUAAUUGUGAACCCACGUGGCUGGAAGCCUAAUAUUUCACAUGCUUACUGGGGGAUUCUUCUCAUCUGGGCGCUUUCCCUCGUGAUAUCCCUUCCUUUUUUAAUAUUUCACCAGUUAACAGAUGAGCCCUUCAAACACCUGUCUUUCCACAGUGAUUUCUACAAGAACAAGGUUGCUUGCAUCGAAGCAUGGCCAUCUCUUACAGAGAGACUGAUUUUCACCACCAGCCUGCUGGUUUUCCAGUACUGCUUCCCACUGGGGUUUAUUUUUAUCUGCUACCUCAGGAUAUUUGUAUGUCUUCGAAGGAGACGCUUUAAAAUAGACAGGGUGAGAGAGAACGAGAGCAGGCUGAGUGAAAGCAAAAGGAUUAAUGUGAUGCUGGUAUCAAUUGUUGUGACUUUUGCAGCUUGCUGGCUGCCUCUCAAUAUAUUCAAUGUGGUUUUUGACUGGAACUACGAGGCACUAAUGAGCUGCAAUCACAACCUGGCAUUUACCAUCUGCCACCUCGUGGCCAUGAUCUCAACGUGUAUCAACCCCAUCUUCUAUGGAUUUCUGAACAGGAACUUUCAGAAGGAUUUGAUAGUAUUAGCUCACCACUGCAGAUGCUCAGCAUCACAGGAGGAAUAUGAAAAUAUUGCCCUUUCAAAUCUGCAAACUGAUGCAUCUAAAGGGUCUCUGAAAUUAAAUAAUCCCCAUGUGGAUAUAUAAAAUAAUCCAACAGCAGUUUCCAAAAUUUUGUGUUUUGUUGCAGAUGGCCUCUUUCUGUAGGUCUUGGUCAUGUUACCAUCAAGUUUAGAGGAAGUUUUUACAUUUAAUUCAGCAAAAUCAGGAUUAUGCUUCCAUAGGCAUACUCUUAACAGGUACUUAAUGAUAGUGUUAAUGCUAAUAAACCACAUCCAAGAGUCAUAAAGAUCAAUAAUAAGGAAUUAUAAACAGUAUUAACAUCUUACUUUUUUAAUCCACAGUUUCACUAGCAUCCAACCUUGGCUCCAAAAAAUCAUUUCCAUUUCAGCCUCUCAUGGAAUGUCCUCCCUAAACACCAGCUUCCCCCCAGUAAACCCUGAACGCUGUGGUGUUUUUAACUUCAGCAGCCUUUCUCACAGUUUUCUGGCCUUUUGAUUUUCCUGCCCUACACUGAUCCCAGCCCUGGUUAACCUGCAGGUUGCAGGCAGUUCACACUGUAAGGAAGGCCCCUGAAUUUAUCCGAAGCCUCCAUCACCUUCCUUUCAGCCCCAGCAUGCAGUUUGUUUUGGUUUAGUACCAGCCCAGCCCAGAAAUCGUAUUUUAACAAGGGAAAAGGCUAGAGCUGGAAUUCUAUUUUUUUUUUUAUGAGCACUAAAGCAGUUGAAAACUUGAUUUGCUGCAAAGAUGUCUUCACUGAGAUUGUUCUUGCUGUUCAAGAUGAAAUACAUAUUUAGCAUUUCUCCUAAAAGCAUUGCAUUCUCCAAACCAUCAGCACAGAUCAUUGCUUUUGCUCUUACCAUCACCACUGGUCCCUACAAUAGACCUUUUAGAAUCUCCAUUAUCAGACAAACACACUAUGAAUUUAGAGUAAAUUUUGUUUUAGCUACUUACCCAGAUUUCUCUUUGAGUAGAAAAUUAGGUCUGCAUCUUCAUUGCAGCAAUAUCUUUCUCCACAUUUCUGCACUAGCACGAGGCCACACUUGAGCAGAUGUGGUCAUUUCUGUCCAGCCGUGUUUGCAAAUAGUUUCUUUUGUAGCACAGAGCAUAGAAGCCUAAAGGUGUAAUAUUGAACACAACUCUUCUCAGACUAAAACAUUUUAAAAAUCGCUUUCCAGUGUGGCCAUAAAAAAAUAACCAGACUUAUUUGUCAUCCAUGCUACAGUGAUAGCAUAAGUAAUCAGUUUAUAUUGGGCUAUUUAAAUACAAUACUUAGAACAAUUUAGUCCAACAACUCACCUUGCUUCCUCUUGUUCAAGUGAAAUAUAAUUAAUUACUUCUAUUGCUAAAGUCCUUUCUUCUUCUGAGUUUUUUAAAACCCUUGUUUUAACACUUGCACAUAAAAUUCCUUGCAAUGUAUUCCCUAACUUUAGCAAUUUACCAGUGCCCCAUUUAAAAGAAUUAACAUUUAUAUUACAAUGAGCUCCUUGCUGAUUCAGCUGUGAUGAAACUUACCUUAAGGCCACAAAAUUCUCUUGGAGAGGGACCAUCAUUUUCCAUAGUCAAGCAGUUCUUAAAGGAUUCCUUCAGGCCACAGUUCUCUCGCUGCAGCAUCGGUUUGGACUGGCUGCAUCACUCUGCUCAUCAGAGCAGCUCUGUGAGAGGAGCCUCACCAGCUCUUGCACAUACUCUGGAUUAUUAAGUGCCCCCUGAUUCACCCUGAGUAAAAAGACCUCGUUGAAAUCCAUCAGUGUCUGAGCCCACAGAAGUCCUAAGGUCAGCCCUACUCACUGGAGCAAGAAAGGCAGAAUUAGCAACACAGUAAUCAGGUAUCUGAGUGACAGCUAUGGAUUAGUUUUGGCAUCAUUUGGUAUUUUUUUCUAAUUAGAUCCAAUAUCACACAUGUGCACUGAAGUGUAUAAACCAUAACUUAAAUAUCUGCCUUGAAAAGAAACCAGCAUACAGAUAAAUACCUAAUAAAGGCCAAUGAUCAGACUGAUAAGAGGAUCUUAGUGUUAAUUAGUUCCAUUAACGCCACCCCUCGGUCACUGGGCUCCCUCUGUUGCUGGUUUCCACCAUCUGCUUGUUCAGCAAAUGGGUUUUUAACCAAGGUAAAAGCAGCAACUUGCAUUCGAUGACAGUGUGACCACACCACACACUCCCGAGGGGCUGGUGUGUGCUUUGGUGAGGGGGAGCUGAUGGAGCUCGUUCUCUCAUCAGUGAGACUCCAGGGUAAUAAUGGGGGUCACUGUCUUCGUUGCACUUGCUUAAAUGAGAGCAAACCUGAUCCAGGAACUUCACUUUUCUUGGAGAUUCCAGUGCCUGUACAGAAAGUCACCUAAUACUGCCAGAAGACCAUUCACUGAACAGAUCAUUUUAACAAAUCCUGGUGGCAUUCCUGCAAAAGGCUGGGCUAUCAGCUGGAUUUCCCUGAGUUUGGAACACAGAUCUCUCUGUCUUCCUCAUAUUUAAGCACAGUUUACAGCUUCAGGGCCCAUGCUGAAAGCAAUCUGCAAGCACAGGACAUUCACAGUUUAAUUUAUUAAUACUGGCACAACAGUUCAGAUUACUCUCAGUUCUCACAGAAGUGUCUCAGACAGUAUUUGGAGUUUGACUCAGGCUCAGCUGAGAUUCCCACGUAUGAACUUGGCUUAAGUGGCUCCCAUACCAGCAUUCCCAUCCCUUAGGCACACCCAAGUGUGCUUAGUUUUAUAGCAGAGGUGGUUUUAGUAUCACAUCCCAAGUGCUUUAAACACAGCCACAAAAUUAACACUGGUUUAAAUUAAGUGAUGCUGAUGGACAGUCUCCCUUUACUGUCUCUCCCUAGAAGUGCUUGGGCAGUGCAUCAGACAGGCACAAAAAAGAUUGCCACUGCUUUUUGUAACACCAGUGGUCUGCUCACAACAUCCUGAUCAAACUUAAGCAAUCAAUUUUUCCUUCCAGUCUGAAUCUUGGCAUAAGAAGGUUCUUCAUUAGCAAGUGGCAGCAUUCCCAGCAGUGACUUCCUCAGAAUCAAAUGUGAACAAUCAUACUUGUGCCUUGAUUUCUUCUUCUCAUUUCUUCCUCUCACUUUCAUUUGACUCAAGUGCUGAUGCUCCAUUUCUGUCCUGAGCAGUUAUCAAGUAUCUCUUCUUGAUGCUGCAUUUAUAAAAAUCAUUGUUAACUGAACAGAGGAUUAUCACAGUCCUGAAGACUCUCAGUACGUCCAGUGGCUUCGUGUGCAUCCUGAUACUGAAUUUCCAGGCAAGUCAGUAAGAGUGAGAUGACUUUGAUAGGAAUAGGAACAAAGAAGAGUUGCUUCUUUUUAAAGCAUAAGUAUUAUGGACUCCAGCAUGGUGUGUGACACUGAUAUAUGUAACUGCAAUAUGCAAUGCCUAAAGAUGGCUCAAGUUAAACUGGCAAAUGUUGCCCUGUGUUGGGUAAUGUUGAUAACUUUAUUUCCUCUCUUUGUAUUGAUAUAGCAAGUAGACAAAAUUCUAACAGCCUUUCUCACCAGAGAGUUGUUCCUUGAUCACAGAAUCAUGGAAUAUUCUGAGUUGGAAGGGACCCACAAGGAUCAUCAAGUCCCAGCUGGAGGACUGUGAGUUUCCUCAGAGGAGCAGCAACAUGGAUUUAAUUAUUGAAAACUAGAGGGGGAACCUGAACUCCCAAAUGCUAUCCCAAUGUACAAACAAAUUCUUGGGUUGUCUUUUUUUUUUUAAAGUGCAUCAGAGCUUUGUUCAAGUGGUUCAAGUUGUGUAGACCAGACUAAUAUAUUUAUAAACAUCCUUGUAAAUGAACAUACCCUUACCUGUCUGUGUAUUUUAUGGUUGAUUGGUUUAACUGUAAGCACAUAUAACUAGGGUUAGAUACUUGGGAACUGGCAUUCAUUGUGGAAAUGAUUCUGCUGAGCAGAGAGAUCAAUUGAUUACUGACUGUAAUUCUGUCUGUGACAAAGGCAGUGCCAGUGCUGUGUGUGAUUUAAAGACUUUGAUUGCUCCCAUCGGCUGACAAAUAAAUAUUACCCUGUGUAAAACUG